GUCGACUGUCGAGACGUCACGUAGUCAUCGUUCGUUAUUUUUCAUUAGUGUGCGCAGUAGAGCUAUGUGCACGUGAGGUACUUGUGUUACAUGUGUUUGUGUGCAUAUUGUUACGAGACGACGAACGUACGACAGUGCUGUGUGCUGUGAAGUUUUUGCCAAUAUUUUUAUUGUGAUCACAUGAAUUGCUACACUUAUUUUCAUUAAAAUACAACUUUUUCAAGUUUAUUAGAAAUAACACUAUCUAAUUUGACGUAAUCAAAGUGUUUUUGGUAUAGUGUGGACAUUGCUAUAAUAAGCGGUGCAUUUGUUUAUUUAUAGACAGUCGCAAUUUGCAGUCAUGUAAUUAUUCUUGUGGCGCUAAAAUGUCUCAGAAGGAUACAGCGAUACAUUUGUUAGCCGGAGGAGUUGCAGGCACAGCUGGAGCUGUGGUGACAUGUCCGUUAGAAGUAGUUAAGACCCGUCUCCAGUCCUCGAAAGGAGUUGGAAUAUCACCACCCUCACCUCCUCCGUCUGACAGCACAAACAAUGCCAGGAAGAUUUGUUCCAAAAUACCUAAACACCAGGAGGCCAAAUGGGGCUACAGACGUACGAUGGGCGCGAUGUUCGCAUACAGCAAGCAAGCAGAUCGUAUGCUGAUGUCGUACAAUUGUCAGGUUCAGCAGUGUGCGAGGGCAGGACACGCCAGGCCACCGUCCAGGAUGAGCCUUAUACAGUGCAUCAGACACAUAGUCCAGACUGAGGGCCCUAGAGCAUUGUUCAAAGGCCUAGGACCCAACAUAGUUGGAGUGGCACCGUCUAGGGCCAUAUACUUCUGCACGUACUCGCAAGCCAAGGCGAUAUUGAAUCAAAACAUAUCACCGGACACCCCGAUCGUGCACCUAUCCGCAGCUAGCGCUGCAGGUUUUGUGUCUUGCACAAUGACCAAUCCGAUUUGGUUUGUAAAGACGCGGCUGCAGUUGGACGGACAGAAUGUCACAGCGUUGCAGUGUAUUAAGAGGAUAUACGCAAAAACGGGUAUCAGGGGUUUCUACAAAGGUAUAACAGCUUCGUAUAUGGGCAUCAGUGAGACUGUAGUCCACUUCGUACUGUACGAGGGUGUGAAGGCGAGACUGAUGGCAGCGAGGAGCGUGGACGGUGUGCCCAGCGACCAGCGCUCUCCUAGGGACUUCCUCGAGUUCAUGGGGGCCGGAGCUUUCUCAAAGACAGUCGCUUCUUGCAUUGCGUAUCCACACGAGGUCGCAAGAACACGGCUCAGAGAGGAAGGUGACAAGUAUCGCAAGUUCUGGCAAACGUUGCACACAGUACUGAAGGAGGAGGGAUACCGAGGAGUGUAUAGGGGCUUAGGCACACAAUUAGUACGUCAGAUACCAAACACGGCAAUCAUGAUGUCAACAUACGAGGCAGUCGUGUACCUACUGACUACACAUUUUAAUAGUUCCUUCUAUGAGAACACCUAGCUAACCACUUAAGAGUCGUUCAUUAUCUCCGAGCCGCCUUGAGCGCCAAAAUAGUAGUUUCGUAGGCCGACGUUUAGACAAGGUUCUCGAAUGUCCAUUUAGCGAGACUGAGAGACAUUGCAUGGUUGUUGUGGCUGAGAAAUUACGGAAGCUCUCCGGUACCCACAAGUCUCAUUGUGGUACGACGAAGCGUAACACCAUGUUCUCGAAAUUGUAACAAGCUUAGGCAUUACUUGGCAAGCAACAAAAAAAUAUUAUUAAGAAAAGCAAAUAUUGCUUGAAAAUAAUCGAAAUAUCCAUCCUUAGAAAUUGGGCUACGUUUAAUUGGCCAGUUAUAAACAUAAAUAAAUAAAAUGUUGUGACAAAGUAUGUGAUGUAAGGGAUUUAUAUAAUGUACUUACAAGGUGAUACUACUUAUGUAGAUAAGAUACAUUUCCUUCUGUUUUUGCACUUUGGACCCAAAUAAAGUCUAUACUUUCGAUCUUAUAGUUUUUAAAUGGAUCUUAUUUGCUAAAGUAUGUGUUAACCGCCUAAUCAUGCUAUCAAAUGCUAGCUUAUAAUACAUAAUUGGUGCAAUUUUCCUGUUUUUGUCAUUAUUUAGUAUUGUAGUAUAUUGUAUGACGGAAAUUAUUCUUGUUGUUGAACUAAUUUUAGAUAAAAAGUAAUUUUGCCAGUACAUUAUAAAAUAAUUGCACUUUCAAAAUUAAUAUUACGAUUACGAACAAAAAUUUUGUAUUUUCACAAAAUUAAAAUAUAUUUUGGAAAAGAUUUAUGUAUUCGGUUGAUUAUUAUGGGUAUGGAAUGGACCCUACGAUAGUGAUUCGCAUAGCAGCAAUCUGAAUUAAUUUAGUCAUUAGUUUCUAGUCUCAUUAAGUGCUUGAACCAUGUAAAUGCCUUAAUCAUUAAUUUAGGAUCAGUCAUCAGAUGAUUACAUUAAAUAGUAUGAUAAGUUUUGCUGAUUAUAUGCACAGAUGUGAAGUAAAUUGUGCCAACAUAAGAGAAAUAUUGUUUUGGGAACUUUGGUUAGAAUUAUUAAUUUUUUGAUGUUUUUAUUUUAUGUUGUUGCUGUGUAAGUGUACUGUGUCAAACAGGCUUUUUACUAUAGUAAUCUAGUUCUUACAAAUCCCACUGUUUUUAUUGGACUAGUCAAUUGUUAUCCGAUACUAGUUCCCUAAAGAAUUCGUCCAUUGUAAAUGUUAUUGAAAAAUAUUUGACUACACAAAGUUUGAUGCACAAGUUUAUAUUUUUACUGAUAAAUCUGUAUUUCAGUCUCAGCACACAAAUUAGUAAAACGUAAGCUGUGAUAUAGAGCUUGUAAAUAUUAGUUAUGGAGAAAUUAAAUAUAUAACUGUCCCACAUUGUUCCAACUUGCAAAUUUUGAUUCUGGUGGUCUAUUGAUACUUGUGUUAUUGUUAUAUUACUGCGGAUCAUGUUCACUGUUCAUCUCAAUUCAAUUGAGUUUGUUUUAAACAGUUUUUCAUAAUUGACAUAUUGUUCUGUUCCAUUUAAUGGUUCCAAUAUAAUAGCAUGAUACAAUAACGAAGUAUGAAUGGACCAGUAUUUGAGAAAUGUGUUAAUUUUAUAUAGAUUUUAUUCUGUCUGGGAACACAAAUGGCAUAAAAUGCUUUCAAUCAUAUCUGUUAUGAUUGAUACAUGUUUGUUAAAUAUUAUAAUUAUAUUCAAGUUAAGAGUGACUUAUAAUUUAAGCAUAAUAAGGUUUCCAGACAUAGGCAAGUAGAUCUUUGAUGGUUAUGUUAAUUUAGAAAACACAUUUGGACAUUUGUCGGACUGAGUAUAAAGUACUAUUAUUUGUUUAAUGAAUAAAAUAUUUAAAUAAAUAUAA